AUGAGAUGGGGUCAUAAAGCUAACCCGGAUAGGUGGUUCAUAAACUUACAACCACAAUUCCAAGAAGUUGUAGACGCAAUGGAAGUCAAUGGUGAACCAGAUAUAGCUGGUAUUUUAAGCGCGGCUUUAAUGCCAUUGAAAGAUAUGAAACAUGCAGAUAUUUUGGACCAGUAUGAAAUGAACAUGGCUGAUGGAAAUAUAACACCUGACGUUCUAGAACAUUUAUCUCAAAGAACUACACAGAACCAUAGAGAUGGUAUAUUUGGUGAAGAGUUUAGAAAGAAAGUUAGGGAGAGCGAAGGAAGAGAACCUAUUGUACAUGACCUUGCAAACGAAAGUUUACAAAAUGUCAUAAAAACUUACUUUGCAGACAAUGAACCGAGAAGGGAUGAAUAUUUAAGAAAACUCAAAUGGACAGUACCAAAUGAAAUGUUAGUAUUGAAAAACAUGUUCCUUGACAAAAUAAAACCAACUACAGAAAUAAAUGACGCAAGACUGAAAGAUUGGGUAAAAGCUUUCCCAUUCACAAAAGAUAUUGUUGGUAACAUGGAAAGAAAACCAGAAUGGCUACAAAAACAUAUAUUUGGAAACGAGCUUAUUCCAUAUGGACAAGCUCUGUUUGAAGAGCUUGAACCGGAAACUCAGGAAAGAGUCAUGCAAACAAUACGCGAAGACUCAAAUACAAACUAUGACAAAAUCUUUCUAGGAUAUAGGUUACCUGAGAUGGGCGACCAGAGCCUAAAGGCAAAAAGGACACGUGAAAUUUGCAACAUACUAGGUGAACAUGAGGCAAAGAUGCAACAACUUGAAGCAGAGGGCAAGUUACCAAAGAAGAAGAGAAGAGUAGAACAAAGUGAAAGUAGUGAAGAUGCAACUAGUGAAAGUAGUGGCAAUGAAGGAAAAAGAAGAGUUAAAAACUCAGUCAGGAAGAAAGUAAAGCUUGGUCCGAGUGGGUUCUAUUAUGACACAUAA